AUGACGACGUACGCAGCUCAUGUCCCGCAGCAGACGACCAUAUCCGGCAACUCCUCUCUUCCCAAGACGUCCACCGCCAUCGAGGAACUCUUACUUUCUGAGUCGCAGAGACAACUCAUUAGCCAAAUCGUCGGCACCUCCUUCAUACCCAUCAUCUUCCUGCUGGGCUCUGCAGGUAAUGUCAUCACCCUAGCGGUUCUAUUCCGACAGGGGUUGCGGGACACCACCAACCUGGUCCUGAGCGGCCUGGCCUUUGCUGACCUUGUUUACAUUGCCUCUCAUUCCAUCCCACAGAUCUCCUACUUUGUUUACUCGCUGGACGAAGGGCUGGCCACGGCCUGGCGCCUCGGCAGCACCAUGGCUCUGCAGCACGUUUCGUUUGCGUCGGGACGGAUCGCGGCCCUCCUCGUCUGCCUCAUCGUCACCGAGCGCUACAUCGUCGUCGCUUUUCCGUUGCACGCGCCCGGCAUCGUCACCAAACUGCGCAUGCGUCUUGCUUUCGGCUUUAUCUACCUUGCAACCACGGUGAUUAGCCUGCCGUUCUUUCUGUCAUCAGACAUUUACUACACCUACAGCACCACCUACAACAGGUACAUGCCGACAAGCUGGGUCACGCAGUUCGGGUAA